AUGUUCUUUCCCAAUGAUACCCAGUUUCACCCCUCCUCCUUUCUGCUGGUGGGAAUCCCAGGAUUGGAAACACUCCAGAUCUGGAUUGGUUUCCCCUUCUGUGUUGUGUAUAUGAUUGCUCUCAUAGGGAACCUCGCUAUUCUGUUUGUGAUCUUUGCUGAGAGAAGCCUACACCAGCCCAUGUUCUACUUCCUGGCUAUGUUGGCCACCAUUGACUUAGGUCUUUCCACAGCUACCAUCCCCAAGAUGCUUGGGAUCUUCUGGUUCAAUCUCAGAGAGAUCCUCUUUGAAGCUUGCCUCACACAGAUGUUUUUCAUCCACAAAUUCACACUCAUGGAGUCAGCAGUCCUGCUGGCAAUGGCUUAUGACCGCUAUGUGGCUAUCUGCAACCCACUCCAGUAUAGCACCAUUCUCACCAACAAGAUGGUUUCUGUGAUCGGACUUGGUGUGUCAGUGAGGGCUUUUACUUUUGUGAUUCCAUUUGUAUUUCUUGUUUUGCGAUUGCCCUUCUGUGGGAAUCAAGUCAUUCCCCACACCUACUGUGAACACAUGGGUAUUGCUCGCCUAUCUUGUGCCAGCAUCAAGGUCAAUAUAAUCUAUGGUUUAUGUGCAAUUUGUAAUCUCGUUUUUGACAUCAUAGCCAUUGCCCUUUCUUAUGUUCAGAUACUCAGUGCUGUUUUCCGUCUUCCUUCCUAUGAAGCCCGAUUCAAGUCCCUCAGCACCUGUGGUUCUCAUGUUUGUGUGAUCCUUGCCUUCUACACACCAGCCCUCUUUUCCUUUAUGACACAUCGCUUUGGCCGAAAUGUCCCCCACUAUAUCCACAUACUUUUAGCUAAUCUUUAUGUUGUAGUGCCACCAAUGUUCAACCCUGUCAUAUAUGGAAUCAGAACCAAGCAGAUCUAUGACCAUGUGAAGGAAAUGUUAUUACAAAUACAAGAAAAGGAAAAACAAUGA